UAUUUUAUUAAAAUUUGAUGAAGAACAGCAGCAAAAAUGUUGCGAAAAUCAAAAAAACAGCCACAAACCGUAGCAGACAAAGUUAAUAAGCUUUUAGCACAUCCCAAUGAGAGUGAAAGUGAUGAUGGAGCCGAUUCCGAUGUGGAUGUUGCGUCCAGCAGAGCGCAAGUGGUAGACUUUGAAGACGAAUAUGAUUUGCCGGAUGCGCGUAGCACAGACUUUCGUAAACGCAAUAUAAAGCUGCUGUCCGAGCAGAGCGAGAAAUACAAAGGCAAAAUUACCAGUCGCAAGGAAUUGGAACUAGAGGAUGAAGAGGAACAAGAUGAUGAUGAUGAUGAAGAGGACGAAGAAGAGAUACCAUAUGAGGAGAGCGACAGCGAUGAAGAUGAGGAAGCAGCAUUGGAGGCAUUUAAUAAAAAGAUGAACAAGGCAGAAGCAAAGGAGGACAGCGAGCACGAUGAUGACGAUAAUGAUGAUGAUGAUGAUGACGAUGACGAUGACGACGAUGACAGCAACAUGGAAGGUGCAGAAGAGGGCGAUGAAGACAGCGAAGAGUCUGACUCCGAAGAUGACGCCAUGGAUGUCAGCGGUAUAAUGACAAAAACAAAUCAGCAGGCGGAGGUGCAAAAAGGAAUGUGCGUGCAGAAUCAACUGCGCAUCUGGGAACGACUUCUAGAGCUGCGCAUCAACACACAGAAGUUCACCAGCAAAGCGAAUCAGCUGCCUUCGCCAGAAGCGCUACAAACGCUGAGCGAGAGCAAUGAGGAGCUGAAAGCUGUGUUGAAUGAAGCACAAGAGCGCAGUGCCAAGCUGGUGCAGCAACUGCUGGCGCUGCAGGCGUCGCUGACGCAGCAGUUUGGCGAGCUGAAACAGUCCGUAAAGCGCAAACAGCUGCCAGAGGGCAGCAAGGACUCGCUCUGUAAACGUUUGUCGAGCACGCUGCGAGGCAAUCAUCAGCAGAUGAUCAGCUAUCGCAACGAAGUGCUGCUCAAGUGGGACGAUCGCACCAAGCUGCUAACACCGGGCGCAGGAAUGAAGCGCAAGGCUAUGCAGGAGGACUUUGAUGUAAUCAAAAAGAUCGAAGGUGCUUUGGCUAAUCGUGAGGUGUUGAUUGAAAAGUCGCAAAUGCUAAAAAGCAAUCAACAGGCGCUCGAACAGCAGGAAGCAGAUGCGGAGCAGUCCAGCAGUCAGCCUAAGCUAAAGCAUGUUUAUGAUGACAGCGACUUUUAUCAUCAACAGCUGCGGGAGCUUAUUGAGUACAAGGCUAGCACCACGUCCAACAUGAGCGAGAUCACCAAGCAGUUUGUGGAGCUGCAAAAGCUGCGGCAAAAGAUGAAAAAGAAGGUGGACACCAGAGCCAGCAAGGGUAGAAAAAUACGCUAUGUGGUUCACACCAAGUUGAUUAACUUUAUGGCGCCGCAAGAGUCUAGCGAUUGGACAGAGGAUUCCAAAACAGAGCUUUACAAAUCCUUAUUUGUUUAAUAGCGCAACUUGCAAUUGUUUAAAAAUAAUA